AUGGAGAAAUUCGAUCAAGUUCAACAGGCAAUUGAGCUCUUAGAACAAGACGAGAAGAAAGCCGACGAGGAACGAUCGAUCAUGGAGUCCAGAUAUUACCAAACUAGAGCGCUCAUUAACAAACUGUUGGAGAAAAAAGAAGAGGACAUCAAAGCAAAAAGUCAACCGGUGUACAAACUCCCAAAAUUAGAGCUUCCGACAUACAGCGGUGACAUACGCGAGUGGCCUGCGUUUAAAAACCUUUUCCAGUGUGCCAUGGACGGAGGAAACGUGCCGGAGCUGCAACGCAUGCAGUAUCUGAAGAGCUGCUUGAAGGGCGAAGCUGCGGGUUUGAUUAACUCCCUUCUUAUUCUCGACGGAAAUUUCAGUAAAGCCAUGAGUAUACUAGAAAACAGUAGCGGGGUCAGGGGUGCUAAGAAUCUCCGGCAAAGAUCCGGCUACCCGCCCCGACGACGACUGGCCCUGGUAACACACAACAUACGCACUAUGAGGACUGACGAAAAGAUCUGCGAGCUGGAAGAGGAACUGAGCAGGUUACACUGGGACAUUGUAGGGUUAUGCGAAGUCCGUAGAGAGGGGGAGGACACGACAACCCUGAAGUCUGGUAACUUGCUCUACCACCGGGAGGGCGACCAACAGUCCCAAGGUGGUGUCGGGUUUCUCGUUCACAAGUCCCUCGUAAACAACAUAAUAACCAUCGACAGUGUGUCGAGCAGGGUGGUAUACCUAAUACUCAGAAUAUCCAAAAGAUAUUCGCUGAAGGUCAUUCAGGUAUACGCACCGACCUCGUCACACUCCGAUGAUGAAGUAGAAGCUAUGUAUGAGGACGUAAGUAGGGCCAUACAUACUUCUAAAACCUACUUUACUGUUGUUAUGGGGGACUUCAACGCAAAGUUGGGCAAGAGAAGCGGGGAUGAGUUGAGAGUGGGGCAAUUUGGGUAUGGGCAACGGAACCCUAGGGGUCAGAGGCUGGCCGACUUUCUGGAGAGAGAGGAACUCUUCAUGAUGAACUCUUUCUUCCAGAAGCCGCCUCACAGGAAAUGGACCUGGAUGAGUCCUGACGGUUCCACGAGAAACGAGAUAGACUUCAUCAUGACCGACAAGAAACGGAUAUUCAGUGAUGUCUCUGUGAUCAACAGGACUAUUGAGCGAAACCAAGGCUCCAAAGUGUUCGCAAAGGACAAGUCUAUUGGGCAAAGCCAGCUGACAAAGCUGAAACGGGAAGAUGGCAGCAUAGCGUCGAGCAAAGCGGAGGUUUUAGGUGAGAUUGAGAGGUUCUAUGGACAGUUAUACACUUCGAUCGCAAAGCCCGUUGACAGCUUGGUAGGAGAUCCAAGAGCCAAGCUGUCCCGACAUUAUACCGAAGAUAUCCCGGACAUCAGUCUGUACGAGAUUAGGAUGGCCCUGAAGCAGCUUAAGAACAACAAGGCGCCGGGCAAAGACGGAAUCACUUCAGAGCUUCUGAGAGCGGGUGGAACACCGGUACUUAAAGUCCUCCAGAAGCUCUUUAAUUCCGUCUUGUCCGAGGGCAUAACGCCUGAAACAUGGAAUAGAGGCGAGGUGGUGCUGUUCUUCAAAAAAGGUGAUAACAACCUAUUGAAGAACUACAGACCCAUCACGCUUCUGAGCCAUGUCUAUAAGCUGUUUUCAAGGGUCAUCACGAACCGUCUCGAACACAGACUUGAUGACUUCCGGCCUCCCGAACAAGCCGGUUUCCGAAAAGGCUAUAGUACCAUAGACCACAUCCAUACGCUGCGGCAAGUUAUACAGAAGACCGAAGAGUAUAACUUGCCAUUAUGCUUAGCGUUUGUGGACUAUGAGAAAGCCUUCGAUUCGGUGGAAACAUGGGCGGUGCUUGAGUCUCUUCAGCGAUGCCAUAUUGACUAUCGGUACAUCGAAGUGUUGAAGUGUUUGUAUAGUAACGCCACCAUGUCGGUCCGAGUACAGGAGCAGAGCACGAGGGCGAUUCCAUUGCGAAGAGGCGUAAGGCAGGGAGACGUUAUCUCUCCGAAACUGUUUACUGCCGUAAUGGAAGACGCCUUCAAGCUCCUGGAAUGGGAAGGACUUGGCAUCAACAUCAACGGCGAAUACAUCACUCACCUUCGGUUUGCCGACGAUAUCGUAGUCAUGGCAAAGUCGAUGGAGGAACUCAGCAUGAUGCUCGAUGACCUCAACCGAGUUUCACAACGGGUGGGCUUGAAAAUGAACAUGGACAAGACGAAACUUAUGUCAAAUGCCAAUGUUGUGCCCAUCCCAGUCUCUGUUGGGAACUCGGUACUCGAAGUUGUUGACUCGUACAUCUACCUAGGACAAGUAGUCCAAUUAGGUAGGUCCAACUUCGAGAAAGAGGUCAACCGCCGAAUCCAACUCGGUUGGGCAGCGUUCGGGAAACUACGUAAUGUCUUUUCGUCCGACAUACCUCAGUGCCUCAAGACGAAAGUCUUUAAUCAAUGUGUGUUACCAGUGAUGACUUACGGCUCCGAAAGUGGUCUUUCACUAUCGGCCUCAUCUCAAAACUUAAAGUCGCUCAACGAGCUAUGGAGAGGGCUAUGCUCGGAGUUUCUCUACGUGAUCGAAUCAGAAAUGAGGAGAUCCGUAGACGAACUAAAGUCACCGACAUAGCCCACCGGAUUAGCAAGCUGAAGUGGCAAUGGGCAGGCCACAUUGCACGCAGAGAAGAUGGCCGAUGGGGUCGAAAAGUGCUCGAGUGGAGACCACGGACUAGCAAGCGCAGCGUAGGACGUCCACCCACAAGAUGGACAGACGAUCUUGUUAAGGUCGCCGGAAGACGCUGGAUGCGGGUCGCUUCCA